UUGUGGUUUCUCCCACACAUAUAGGAGACAUGGCAACUUAUUUCCAUUGUUUCUUUUGGGGCCUAUCACUUUCUUUUGCUCAUUCAAUAGCCUCAACAUCUCAUGUUUACAUUGUUUAUUUAGGGCUCAACCCAUUUCAUGAUCCUAUUCUCACUUCCAAUUCUCAUCUUCAACUCCUCUCUAAUGUCUUCACAAGUGAAGGUGAAGCUAAGCAGUCCUUGCUCUAUAGCUACAAGCAUAGUUUCUCAGGCUUUUCAGCAAUGCUCAAUUCAACCCAAGCAGCCAACAUUGCUAACAUGAAAGGAGUAAUAUCAGUGUUCAGAAGCAAGACAGUGAAGUUGCAUACCACAAGAAGCUGGGACUUCUUGGGCAUUCCCUUGUAUAACAAUGAAGCUAAGAUUCCAUAUCCAUUGACGUAUGGAGAUAAUGUCAUUGUUGGUGUCUUUGAUUCGGGCAUAUGGCCAGACUCCAAAAGUUUCAAGGAAGAGGAAUGUCUGGGGCCAAUCCCACCAUCCUGGAAAGGAAAAUGUGUGAAAGGAGAAGAAUUUGAGCCCAGACAAGCAUGCAACAGGAAGCUAAUUGGUGCACGUUACUACAUCACAGGGAUUGAACAUGAUUAUGGAGUGUUGAAUAAGAGUGGUGGCAAUGCAGAAUUUCGAUCUCCUAGAGACUUUCUUGGUCAUGGAACACAUACUGCAUCAACAGCAGUUGGAUCAAUAGUAAAGAAUGUUAGCUUUCUAGGCUAUGCACAAGGUACUGCCAGAGGUGGAGCACCUAGGGCUAGACUAGCAGUGUACAAAGUAUGUUGGGGAAAGGAUGGGGCAUGCACAGAAGCUGAUAUACUUGCAGCCUAUGAUGAUGCAUUGAAAGAUGGCGUCAAUGUGAUCUCAGUAUCAAUUGGUUCGCGGCCACCAUUGGCUCAAUUCUUUUAUUCAAGUAAUGCUAUUGGUUCGUUUCAUGCUAUGCAGCUUGGUAUUACAGUAGUGUUCUCAGCUGGAAAUAGUGGUCCUGAUCCUGCUUCAGUAGAGAAUGUUUCUCCUUGGAGCAUAUCUGUUGCUGCUUCCACCAUUGAUCGAUCAUUUCCUGCAGAGAUAGUUCUCAACUCUAACUUGUCUGUUAUGGGACAAAGCUUCCUAACAAAAGAGAUCACAGGAAUAUUAGCGAAUGCAGAUAUGUAUUUUGAUGGCGGGCUUUGCUAUCCGGACUUAUGGAAUAAUAUUUCAGCAGCAGGGAAGAUUGUCAUUUGCAGAGGGCCAACAUCAUUUAGUGACAUUGCACAAUCAGCAGUGAGGACAGCCAAAGGAACAGCUCUUAUCUUUGUUGAUACCCCCACCAACCAGUUUGCCGAUGUUGAUAUCAUCCCAACUGUUCGUGUUGAUUUUACUAAAGGAACCACAAUUCUGAACUACAUUAAUCAGUUUCAACUACUUCAAGUGGUGAAGAUAUUGCCAAGUAGAACUGUAAUUGGGCAGUCACCAGCGCCUGUGGUGGCACCCUUCUCUUCCAGAGGGCCAAGCUCAAUUUCACCUGACUUUCUCAAGCCAGACCUGACUGCACCAGGAAUUAAUAUACUAGCAGCAUGGCCUUCUAAGACUCCUCCAACAUUUCUACCAGGUGAUAAACGAUCUGUGAAGUGGAAUUUUCAGUCAGGGACAUCAAUGUCUUGCCCUCAUGUUUCAGGAGUUGUUGCUCUUAUUAAAUCCGCACAUCCCCACUGGUCUCCUGCAGCAAUUAGAUCUGCUCUCAUCACCACUGCAUCCACAAAGGACACAGCCCUUGAUAGCAUUCUAGCUGGUGAAUCAAUGAAAGGUUCAGACCCUUUUGACAUUGGAGCUGGACAAAUAAGCCCAUUAAAAGCAAUGGAUCCAGGUUUAAUCUACGACAUGAAAGCCAGUGACUACAUUAUCUACCUUUGUAAUAUCGGAUAUACCCAGAAACAAAUAAAGACUUUGGUUCUUCCUGCUCCUGGGAUUGACACAAGCUGCUCUCGAUCUCCCAAAAUAAGCAACACCAACAUAAAUUAUCCAUCCAUCACAGUCCCUGAUCUCCGGUGCUCUACAACAAUCAAGAGGACAGUUCGAAAUGUGGGCAGAAACAAGAAUGCCAUAUACUUUGCUAGCAUUGUGAAGCCUAAUGGAGUGGAGGUAGUGAUAUGGCCACGACUUCUGGUAUUUUCAUUCUUCAAGGAGGAACUAUCAUACUACGUGACUCUCAAUCCAAUGAAGAAAUCUCAGGGGAGAUAUGAUUUUGGAGAAAUAGUUUGGUCAGAUGGUCUUGGCCACUGUGUUAGGAGUCCAUUGGUUGUGAUGGUGAACACUGCUGCCCAUGAUGAUUCUACUGGUCUUGCCUCAAGCAUUUAGGGAGACCUUAUCAUAUAAUCUCUCUGGUAUUGCAUCAUUUGAGAUUGGAGUUUAAUUUUUUAAAAGCUUUUCAUGUAUGGUUGUUAUGUUAUGUGAGGCUAAUAAUCAUCACCACAACAUGUUUGAUUCAAUAAAUUUAUUUGUAUUCUCUAUAUGAAGAUUAAUAGCCUCUA